UGAAAUCGCGAGUGAGGAGGCAGAAAAAAGCGUUGAGCAAUGGGUUCACCAGCUGCUGGUCCAGCGCCAUGUGCAAAUGCCCAAUCAAGAUUUUCUAGGAAAAAAAAGUUGUUAUUUUGUGAUAAAGACGCGAAAACACAUAAAAUAGGAGUGAUUAGUAAAUGAUACACGACUGCCGAGGGAAAAGUUAACGCACACAGGAAGAGGAAAAGCGAAAUUAACAGUCAAACGUUGGCGGAGGAGAGAAAAAACAAGGAGAGUUUCCAGCGUGAAAAACAAAGGACGAGGCAAAAACAUCGGAAGGAUGGAAUCCCACACAAAUAAUUCCUUGCUGCUCGACCAGUAUCAGCGUCACAUCGAGCGUCAGGAGUACUUGAGGAGGCAACAGAUAAAUCAGCUGUAUCAGGAACAUCAGUAUCAUCAUCGAUUCUACGAUCCGGAAGAUCAUCUCACGUACGAAGUUAGACAGUAUUCAAAUGAUAACAAUAACAUUGGCUGGAAAUACUACGACAACUUCUAUCCACACUUCGAUGCACCUGUCAUAAUGCAACGCCAAGAAGUUAUAAUAGAGCACAGCCAAUUAGUGCGGGAUGGCGAGGCACAGCCGCCAAAUGCCACGCGAAUUAAUGGCAACUUCAUGUACAGAUCUCAUCACUACACACAGAUUGUGGCCGCUUUGGCGAUCUCCUUGGGGCCGCUGGCCGCUGGCUUGGGCAAGGGCUACGCCAGUCCCGCCAUCGACAGUCUGCAGGAGUUACAAAUCAAACCGCGUGGGAACUACACGGCCUUCUCCGUGAGCGAUCAGCAGGCCAGCUGGGUGGCCAGCCUGACCCUUCUAGGUGCCCUGUUCGGUGGCUUAUUCGGCGGUCUGGCCAUGCAGUACGGCCGCAAGAGGAUUCUAGCCUUUAUGUCUCUACCCUUUUCGCUAUCGUGGAUAAUCACAGUGUUUGCCAAGUCAGUGGAAACGAUGUUUAUGACGGCGUUCUUCGGGGGCUUCUGCUGCUCAAUCAUCUCCAUGGUGACUCAAGUCUACAUCAGCGAGAUCUCCUCACCCGAUAUCCGUGGAUUCUUGAGUGCCAUUCAGAAAAUUGCCGGCCACUUGGGAUUCCUGAUAUCAUUCUCCCUGGGCGCGUAUCUUGACUGGCGGCAGCUCGCUAUGCUCGUGUCGGUGGCUCCAAUUAUGCUUUUUCUAACUGUGAUUUAUGUACCAGAAACUCCGAGUUACUUAGUGCUGAAGGGACGUGACGAGGACGCCUAUCGAUCUCUUCUGUGGCUUCGAGGUCCAAAUAGAAAUGUAGAACUGGAAUUGGAAACUAUCAGGUCAAACAUACGGGCGGUGAAGACAAAUAUUGCAAUCCUGCCGAAGAUCAACACCACGAAUCUGCUGUCGAGUGCAUCCAUAAGAAUCAUCUUGGCCAAUAUAAAGUCAGCUCUGAAGAAUGCACGCCUCAUCAAACCUGUCUCAAUAACCUGCGGCCUUAUGAUUUUUCAACGAUUUACAGGUGCCAACUCAUUCGGUUUCUAUGCAGUGAGAAUCUUCAGGAAGACGUUCGCCGGAAUGAAUCCGCACGGAGGCGCCGUGUCGGUGGGCUUCGUCCAGCUGCUGGCGUCGAUGUUGUCCGGCUUAUUAAUUGACAGGGUGGGCAGAAUUCCUCUAUUAAUUACGAGCAGUGUCUUCAUGUCACUCGCACUCGCCAGCUUUGGAUCCUACGUUUAUUACGAGGAAACGAAUAAAUUAAUUGCUACGAAUAAUUUUGAAGUCGACACUGCAUACAACAACGACUGGAUUCCCCUCCUCUGUGUCCUCGUUUUCACAAUUGCAUUUCAACUUGGCAUCUCCCCAAUAUCUUCCCUUCUUGUUGGCGAACUAUUCCCAUUGGAAUUUCGUGGUGUCGGAAGCUCAAUUGCCACUAGUUUUGGCUACUUCUGUGCGUUCCUCGGCGUAAAAACCUUCGUGGACUUCCAGGAAAUAUUCGGACUUCAUGGUGCAUUUUGGCUGUACGCGUGCAUUUCCUGCAUCGGCCUAUGCUUCAUCGUCACCUUCGUUCCGGAGACAAAGGGAAAGGACCUCGAUGAGAUGAACCCGAAACUGGUUCACACGUUGACUAUAAAUCGAUGAGAUAUGGGUACCCACGUAGAAUACUUAGUAUAGCGCGUAGUUUUGCGACGUAGGCAUUAUCGUGCGAACAGGAGAUUCUGAUAAGCUUUGCUAACAUUUCUAAAAAAAAGUAUAUAUACAUUAGUAAUCAAAAUAGCUUUCAACGUAGAUCGUAAGGGAAUUUAUGUCUUCUUUCCAUUGCUCAAAUCUAUAAAAAAUUUAACAUCGACUCUAGAAAUAUAAUUGCAUCUCUUUCGAUUGUUUAGAGACCUUUGGAUCCUCUUGAAAUGAAAAAUAAAAAUGACAGAAGUUGUUUGGCAGCACAAUUUUUCCGUCACUUUUCAAAUGUUAGGUCUAAAAAAAAUCUUCUUUCUUGCAACGAUUCUGACUAUGAAGUGUUCUUUCUUCUCUUAUCAUUUCAAAUGUAGUGCGAGCAGUAGACAAAAUAGCAAGCUUUCGACUUAUUAAAAGGAAUAAAAAGUGGUGAGAAUAUUAGGCAUCUAAAGGAAACUAAAAAAAAAUAGACUUUUUAGGGUGAAACACGCUUAUGUCAAGUUCAAUUAUUUUAUAAAUAAAAGCUAAAACUAACUUGAAGAAAAAAUGAAUCAGUAUGAUCGCGAGAAACUAAUUAAUAUCGUAAAAGGAAAUCCGAAGGAAUUUGUACAAGUUUUAGAUUACAGUUUUGCCAAGUGAUUAUCGUCAGACACAUGCAUAUUUCACGUGUGGCGACCCUUUGAGAGAAAAGAAGAGGAAAACAAAUCAUGCAUGUAAAAAAAAGGUAUAAGAAAGUGUUGUAAAUGCAAAAAGUAUUUGAAAUAUUAAUGAAAGAAAAUAUUGAAACUAAUAGCUUUAGAUGUUGAGGACAAUUGACGGUAGAAGUGUGUAUAACAGAACCAGCACAUUAAUUUUAACUGAACAAGCAAAUAUAAAAGAAAAACUUACAUUAUGAAAAUAUAAAGGGACAAUAUUCAACUUAAAUAUUCUAUUUGCUGUUGGAAUUUAUGACAAUAAAUACUUUUAAAGAACGAAUAAACGAUUAUUAUACGUAGCGUGAAGAUCGAAAGAAAGUGAAGAUAUAUUUAUGAGACAAAUUGUCAAAAUAUUAAUGAAGAUGUGACUAUUUUUACAAAAACAGAAAAUGAAGAUGAAGAGAACUAAUUUUUAAAACCUUCUGCAACCGUGAUUCUGGGAAAUUACAAAAGUAUUUUUGUUGAAAUAUUAUAGAGUGACUAUAUUUUCAAACUUUUAUCCCUCUAUCACUAUAAUCAAAGUGCCAAAUGAUGAGUUUUUCCUUUGACAAGGUCCUUCAAAAAUAAAAGAAAAGAAAAAAAAAUGACAAGAAAAGCCUCACUUAAUGUAUUUGUUGGAUCGUUGAGCAAAACAAAGAGAAUUCAAAAUAAUAAACCUCAUUGCAAUGCAAUGUCUUUGACCACAUAUAGAAGUCAUACAAG